AUGGUUUCGAUGUCUGAAUCGUCUUUGUUUCAACGUUGUGACAUGCCUCGUGUAGGGAGAGAAAACCAGCUGUAUUCUGCCAGGACGGGAGCCAGAAUCGUUGCCGGAUGUGUGUGUUUAAACAGGGAUAAAGAUUUGGUUUUAAUGGUAAGCUCUUCAGCAGAUCAAAACAAGUGGAUUUUGCCGAAGGGAGGGGUAGAACUUGAUGAAAUUGACAAUUUUCAAUCGGCUGCCCUGAGAGAGACUUGGGAAGAAGCUGGUUGUCUCGGUAGGAUUGUUAAGAGUCUUGGUAUCGUUGAAGAUAUGAGACCACCUAAGAAUUGGGGUCCUAAGUUACCAGCUGUCUCGGGCGAGGUCAUUAAGAAUCCUCCAAGGACAGAGUUUCAUAUUUUUGAACUGGAAAUUGAACAGUUACCUGAAAUUUAUCCUGAAUCUAAGAAAAGGGUGAGAAGGCUUUUCAGUUAUGCUGAUGCUAGAACAAAUCUAUUGAAUGCCAAAAGACCAGAGUUAUUGGAAGCAUUGAAUAGAUCAAGUAUCUCCAAAAAAUGA